CUUUGUGUUAGUUGCCACUUAAAUUAACCCAGAUUUUGUUGAUAUUUAUUUAUCCAGAUGCCAGUACCUUUUACUUUUACAUACAAAACCUACUUCGAAGUGGGAUGUUACGUAGUUUUGUUAUUUUUCGUUGUGCCUAUUAGAAUUGACAAUGAUUAUGAGAUUAGGGAACAAUUUAUGCAAUAUGUGAAGGACUUUAAUAAAUCUUACCUGGACGAGAAUAUUUUCAAUAUACGAUUUGAUGCUUUUAAGAAAUCACUAGAGACCAUCAAUCAGCUGAACAGUAACAGGACUAACACGUCUGCGCAUUACGGCUUAACAAAAUUUUCUGAUCUAUCACCUGAGGAGUUUCUGUUGAUUCAGAAUAACCGACGGAAUACUGAUGCUCUUGUAGGAAAUGAUUUUGGGGAAUUGCAAAAUCGAGUUUCCAAGCGGAGCACUUAUUGGAAAAAUGUGCCACAAAAAGUCGACUGGAGGAAAAAGGGAGUAGUGUCUGGAGUCAAAUACCAAAAAAAUUGUGGAGCGUGCUGGGCAUUUUCUGUUACAGAGACUAUAGAAAGUAUGCAGGCAAUCAAGAACAAAAAUCUAACAGAACUGAGCGUUCAACAGAUGAUAGAUUGUUCAAUCUACAAUAAUGGCUGUCAAGGAGGAGACACUUGUAGCCUAUUGAGCUGGAUCAAAGAUUCCAAUGUGACUAUUGAGACUGAAACUGAUUAUCCUCUUGUACUUAGAGACCAAAAAUGCAGAAAAACUACUAAUUUUCAUGGUGGAGUUAGGAUUAAUGACUAUGUUUGUGAUACUUUUAUAGGCAGAGAAGACAUUAUCCUGAAGCUCCUAGCUACCAAUGGUCCAGUCGUUGUCAGUGUGAGCGGUGAAACGUGGCAAAACUAUGUUGGGGGUGUGAUACAGUUUCACUGUGACGGCGAAAUAAGUCAUGCAGUCCAAAUUGUUGGAUACGAUUUGACAGCAGAAGUCCCUUACUAUAUAGCACGGAACUCUUGGGGGGAAGAUUUUGGUGAUAAAGGCUAUUUGUAUUUGGCCAUCGGCAGUAAUAUUUGUCAUUUAGCCUAUGAGGUUGCAGCUGUUACUGUAGCGUGAUAAAGAAAUAUUUAUUUUGAAUAAUAGGAUAGAAUUAAUAUGAGAUGAAGCGAGGUCAAAAAAAUUCUGGAAAAAUACGUUCUUAUUCAGACUUGACUGAAACUGUUGUCCCGUGUCCCGAUUUGGUUGUUAUUAAAAUAAGUUGGUUUUUCUAAUCCUUUAUUUACUUAGUUGUUAUUUUGUUUUAAUUUUCAAUUAUAGUUUCUUAUUUUCUACUACUCAC